AUGUCGGGCUUCGGAGACUUCAAGGCCAUCUGCGAAAAUGCGCCGCUCCCUUUGUGUUCCAAUGUUGGCCCCGUGCUGUCGGCGUCGAACCGGGUGGGCAUUGAGCCCGACUGCUAUGCUCGCAACAUCGAGCUAGCCAAUACCAUCAUUUUCGAGGGCGCCGCGUCCGCUAUGCACAUCGUGGCGCUCGUCAUGACGGUCGUCAUGAUUCUUCACGUCCGUAGCAAGUUCACAGCCGUCGGCCGCCGGGAGAUUCUCACCUUCUUCUACAUCUAUAUGCUCACCACCUUCAUCUCGCUCAUCAUGGACGCGGGCGUCGUUCCCCCCGGCAGCGGGCCGUAUCCGUACUUUGUCAGCGUGCAGAAUGGCUUCUCGAACGCGCUGAUAACGUGCCUGCUCAUCAACGGCUUCGUCGGGUUCCAGCUGUACGAGGACGGCACGCCCUUGUCGGUGUGGCUGCUGCGGAUAUGCUCGCUCGUCGCCUUCGCCAUCAGCUUCCUGGUCUCGCUCGCCACCUUCAAAGGCUGGGCCGGACUGGGACCGACCAAUACGGUCGGCCUGUUCGUGGUCCUUUACCUGCUCAACGCCAUACAACUCUUCAUCUACGUUGGCAUGCAGAUCCUGCUCGUGACGAGGACGCUGCGGGACCGAUGGCCGCUGGGGGACAUCGCGUUUGGCGUCUUCUUCUUCGUCGUGGGACAGGUUAUCCUGUACGCGUUCAGCGCCAAGAUCUGCACGGCCGUGAGCCACUACUUGGACGGCCUUUUCUUUGCAACCGUAUGCAACUUGCUUGGUGUCAUGAUGGUGUACAAAUACUGGGAUUCGAUUACGAGGGAGGACCUUGAAUUCUCUGUGGGCACUAGGAUGAACAACUGGGAGGUCAAAGAGCUCCUCCCCGAGGACGAGCGCCGCGCCACCGUGUACACGGACGAUCCCUACGGCCACUCGAGCGCCUACGACAUGCCGUACUCGCCCACGGCACAGCGAUACUCGACCAAGUACUGA